CUGUUUUUUUUUUUUGGUAAACAAAAUGAGCGCGGUGUAGAUGGAAAAUCUAGCGGAAAAUUAUACACUUUUUACCAUCAUUUAUAAAGCAAUCAUUUUAGCUACUAGCAGUCGCAAAAAAAUAGCACCAGAGAAAAAAUUGAAAGAAAAAAGUACAUCAUUAGUUGUUCCAUCAACAAAACUGACAAUGAGCAAUAACAAAAGAAGGAAAAUAGAACUGCCAACGAUACCAUGUAGCUGGAUUGGCUGCACGGUACAAUGUAAUAACGAUUGGGAAUUAAAUGGCCAUAUCGAAAUGCACUUGGAAAACCUCAAACCGGAUACUGAGGGAAAAUAUAACUGUGUUUGGGGAGCCUGUGAGUAUAGCACCGAGUGUAUAACGCAGAUCCAUAGACAUAUCUUCUAUCAUGGUUACUACAAUGGUCUUUUGGUAUUGGGUAAGUACGAGCUUGAAAAUAAUACCCAAAUACCACGAUGCAAUGCUCCACCACGAGAAUGUGACAAAAUACCUGAAUUGAAUACCAACUUUCGCUGUGAAUGGACAGAUUGUGAGCGCACCUUUAUAUCUAUUGUAGAAUUUCAAGACCACAUUGUACAGCAUGCUUCUUUUGAAUAUGAGAUACAAAAAUCGCCCGAUGACGAGAGGCCUAAAAUACAGUGUAAUUGGAAUUUUUGCAAAAAACAAAUGGACAAUAAAUAUCGGCUAAUCGAACAUAUACGCACACACUCGAACAAAAAACAAGUGGCCUGUUUUCAUUGUGGUGAAUUAUUUAGGACAAAGACUACACUGUUUGAUCAUCUUAGACGUCAACCAGAUAAUAAUACUCAAAAAUACCAAUGUGCCCAAUGUUUUAAAUAUUUUGCUACUGAAAAGUUAUUACGUUCCCAUAUGAUUAAACAUGUCAAUUGUUUCAAAUGCAGUAUGUGUGAUAUGACUUGUUCUUCCGCCAGUGCUUUAGCCACCCAUGUACGUUAUCGUCAUCUUAAGGAUAAACCUUUUAAAUGUGUGGAAUGUGAAUACCGUUGUGUCCGAGAGUCAGAUCUUAAUCAACAUGUCCAGCUGGUGCAUAGUCAGGAGGUGCAUCGUUGUGAGGAACCCGGUUGUACUUAUGCUGUUAAAACAUUUCAAGCUUUAAGAAGACACUAUUUGGAAAUUCACAAAAAUACAACAUUUAUCUACAUAUGUCAUUGUUGUGAUAAACCAUUUAAGAAUGGCAAAACUUUAUCGUCGCAUUUGAUUAAAAAACAUGACUUUCAACUACCAUCCGGCCAUCGUCGGUUUACCUACCGUAUUGAUGAAAAUGGAUUUUAUCGUUUAGAAACCACACGUAUCGAAAGCCUUGAGGUGACUGAACAAAUACUAACACCAAACUCAUUUGAAACAACAACUGAAAUUACCCAGGAUAGCAGUUGUUAUGAAAUUGUUUCGAAAACUAAUAAACAAGAUGCCGCCCAACGUAUUAUUGUAUCGAAUGAUAGCAAUGAUAAUAAACUUAUAGGUGAAGUUGUUAUAUCUCUACCCUGUUUGGAUUGAUUUAUAGCUACAAUUGCAGAAAAUUCAUUCUUUAGGCUGUUUUAAUUAUUAAACAAUUCCUCUUUUUUUUCUUAAUUAUUAUUUUUUUCUAGUUAUUAAAAUUAAAAGUUAUAAAGUUCGAAUCAAUUAUUAAAUCAUAUUAUUAGUAACCACAACAUAUAGAUUACCAACAUACAUAUAAAAAUCUUUAAUCAUUUUAGAAAGAGUUAGUUAAAUUAUAAGCAAUUUUUAAGCUACACAUAUGAAUGAUAUGUUAUCAUCAUAACGAAACCAAAAUACUAUUUAAAAAAAAUUACCAAGAUU